GUGGCACUGUUUUCUCCCCACUCUCUUCUCUUUCAUUCCAUUUGGGGAUUUUGGGGUUUCACAAAAUCCAAAUUGGUGAGAAUCACUCACUGUAGUUGAAGAAGAAGUUCCCUCCAAUCAGUAUCAGGUCUUGGAGGAAGAAGCAAUAGUCUAUUGCAGAAAUUGUUCAGAACUAUUAGUUUCUGCACCAGGUUUUGAAUUUUUCUUUGUCUUUCACUUCAAUUGGGAAUUUAAGGUUUCAAAAAAUACAGUAGAAAACAAAAUCAGUGGAUUUGAAAGAUUCACUCAUUGUAGUGGAAGAACUUACUUGUGGUAAACCUUAAACAGUAUCAGGUUGCAGCUGCUAACAUUGAAUAUGAGGUCGAAAAGACUGGAACUACAAGAAGCUCUCAAGAAGCAGAAGCUUAAGCCGUCAACAACAAGACGACAAGAAACUCUUCAGAACCAGAGUCUGUCAACAAAAGAACCACGCUCCGCAUCUAUCAACAACGGCAGAAGGGAAAAAGAAGUUGUGACUGAUGCAGUUGGUGAAAGGCUCAACGCUGUUGAUCUUGAGAAGCAGAGUUCGGCAGCAACAAAAUCAUAUUCUGCAUUCAUCAACGGCCGAAGAGCAAAAGAAAUUGUGACUGAUGCAGUAGUGGGUGAAAGACUCAAUGCUAUUGCUCUCGAGAAGCAGAGGUCGUUAACUAUAACACCACGCAUUUCGUUCAUCAAUGGCCAAAGGGCAAAAGAAAUUGUGACAGAUUCGGUGGAGGAAAGACUCAAUGUUGCUGCUCUCAAGAAGCAGACAUCUUCAACAACAAAAUCAUGUUCUGCAAUCAACAAUGAUAGUUGGGCAAACGAAAUUGUGAGGAUUGCAGUGGAUGCAAGACUCAACGCUGUUGGUCUCAAGAAGCAGAGGUUGUCAACAACUGAACCAUCUUCUGCAUUUGUUAAUCACAGGAAGGAAAGUGAAAGUUUGACCGAUCCAGAGGAUGAAAGACUCAAUGCUGUUGCUGGGAGCAAUACUGGAGAUGAAGAUGCUGACACACUUGAUACUUGGACUGAUACUAGAGAUGAAGAUGCUGACAUACUUGAUGCGGAUGGAGACAGGUACGUGCAAGUUGCAGAGGACCAAUUGUUAUCCACCGACUCUGAUGAAGACGAUAACAUACUUGAUGAGGAUGGAAACAGGUACGUGCAAAUUGCGGAAGACCAAUGGUUACCCACCGACUCUGAUGAAGAUGCUGACGUGCUUGAUGCGAAUGGAAACAGGUACGUGCAAAUUGCGGAAGACCAAUUCUUACCCGCCGACUCUGAUGAAGAUGCUGACGUGCUUGAUGCGAAUGGAAUUGGUGACGUGCAAAUUGCGGAAGCCCAAUCGUCACCCACCAACUCUGAUGAAGAUGCUGACACACUUGAUGCAGAUGCAAACGAUGACGUGGAGAUUGUGGAAGAUCAAUCGCCACCCACCAUAGAAAACUGCUCAAGUAAUGGCCAAGGAAGCACUUCGAUGCCAUCAGAUACCCGUAUACCAAUUAUAUUCGACAAAUAUGGGCGGCCUUGUGAUGUUGGGUCGGAAGAAUUUGUAAUGGAUAUUGGAAGGAUGCUACGAGCACAUUGUCCUCCUGCAAUCGAGUCUUGGAAAAUUGUUCCAAACAGCAUCAAAGAAAAUAUUUGGAAAGCUGUUGUUAUUAGGUAUGUCGUACCUGAAGUUUAUAAGCCCAGUAUUUUGGCAAAGGCUAGAAAAUCUUGGAAAAGUUGGAAGCAUAAUCUGCGUUUAGAGUUGGAUAAAUAUGAGACUGUUGCUGAGAGAAAAAUAAAUAUUCCAUGGCGUCUGAUUACAAAGAGAGAAGAUUGGGAGAGUUUUGUUGAUUUCUGCAAUACCGACGAGGAUAGGAAACGUCGCGCAGCUGGUAGGAAAGCUAGAGAAAAUCUUGAAUUUUUACACUCAUGUGGCAGGAAAGGAAUUUUUCGCAAAAUAUAUGAAUUGGAAAAAGAGAAUUCAACUGGCGAAGUUAGCAGAGCUGCCAUGUUUGUUGACACCCACUUUUCCAAGAAUAUGAAUGAUCCUAAAAUGAGAUUAGUUAAAGAGCUUGUAGAAGCUAAUCCAGACGGUCAAAAAGAUAUCGACAAUGAUGCUGUUUCACUGGUAUAUGGACGUGAUUCACGAGGUUCAGUAAAAGGCAUGGGAGGAGGUGUUUCGAGGACUGUGAUACAUGCUUCGGCUCCAAGUUUAGAGAUUCUUCGCAAAGUUCAGCAAGAAAACAAGAGUUUGCGGUCUGAUCUCCAUUUACUCCGAACACAAUUAGGAGUACACACACCGAAUGAUACUUCUACACCAUCAAAUCAAUCUGCCCCUCGGACACAAAAUCGUACUUCUACACCACCAAAUCAAUCUGCGCCGCACACACAGAAUCGUACUUCUGCACCAUCAAAUGGAUCUGCGCCUCAGGCACCUGAAGUGUCCGACUUGCCUGCUCGUUCAUGUUUAGCACCUGAUGUGUCCCACUUGCCUGCUCGUUCACGCUUGGCACCUGAAGCGUCCAACUUGCCUGCUCGUUCACGCUUGGCACCUGAAGCGUCCAACUUGCCUGCUCGUUCACGCUUGGCACCUGAAGCGUCCAACUUGCCUGCUCGUUCACGCUUGGCACCUGAAGCGUCCAACUUGCCUGCUCGUUCACGCUUGGCACCUGAAGCGUCCAACUUGCCUGCUCGUUCACGCUUGGCACCUGAAGUGUCCAACUUGCCUGUUCGUUCACGCUUGGCACCUGAAGUGUCCAACUUGCCUGCUCCUUCACAUUUUGCACCUCCUGUGUCCAACUUGCAUUCUAGUUCAUGUUUCAUAAAAAACUUUAAAGGAAGAACCAUUGCUUUAGGUAGUUUUAACGCUGCUGAUCCACCAGUAGAGCAUGUCUACAGUUUAAGCAUCAAAGAAAUAUUCGACAGAGAUGCAGAUUUAUUUGAUAGAGAUGGGAAGCUUGGAGAUAUUAUGAUUGGGGGCGUGAUUAAUUGGCCAAAAGCAUGUGUUGAGUCCAACUUGCCUGCUAGCUCAUGUUUUAUAAGAAACUUCAAAAGAAGAAUUAUUGCUUUCGGUAGUUUCAACACUACUGAUUCACCUGCGCUUCAUGUCUGUAGUGUAAUUGUCAAAGAAAUUUAUGACAGAGAUGCAGAAUUAUUUGAUGAAGAUGGGAAGCUUGGGGACAUUAUGAUCGGGGGAGUGAUUAAUUGGCCAAAUGCAUGUAUUAUGCCUUGUCAACCAUAAACCAUAUCAGUAUUGUUUUUCAUUUCCCCAUGUAUUAUGAUUGGGGAAAGAGCUUCACUACUGUUUUUCAUUUCCAGUACAUAACUAGUAUGUAUAGUCUUGGCAACUAUUUUUUUUUGGGUUCUAAUUUUAGAAGCUUCUUUUUCUAAGUUGGAUGCUGUCAGUUCAAGAAAAUGCUUAUGAGGUACAAUUUAAGCAUCUGCAGGAGACCAAGUAACUAUGUGCUAUUACAGGAAAGAGCAGAUGAAAAGUUUCAAAAUGAUGGACGGACUUUAGCUGUUGAAGAAAAUUGGCAUUCGUCAUGGGUUCGAGAUCCGCCUGCCUUAGCUGGGAAAAUGUAACGACACAGGUACUGAAAAAUUCAGUUCGUAGGAGCUGAAACUGAGUAAUCUUUUCUAUAUGAAGGGUUUUGAGGACUCAUGAACUUCUAAGCCAACAGAUGGGUAGUAAACAGAAAUCUCAGGAAUUCAAAAAUUCAAGUGCUACUACGUUUGUCAUUGGCGUCUUCAUCCUCGUUAUCUCAGGCUCCACAGCAAAUGCCACGAUCUUAACUAUGCUUAGUGAAGAUGUUACUGGUUCAUCAUCAGAUGCACAGAUCAUUGCGUCCUACUGCAAGGAGGAUCCUAAGACCAGAGCUGGAAGCAAGGGAACUAUUAAUGGUACUACCAACACAAAUGAUGGGGUAUGUAUAUUUGAGUGAGCAAUUUACAUCCUAAGCAUGUUAUAUUAUGUCACUCUGAACAAGACCGAAUUCAGUAUCAUUCAAGCCCUUCUUCAACAAGCUAAAGGACAUAGGAUCAUCUGUUGAUUAAAACAAGGAGCAAGCAUCUUUAAGCUUCCAGAUUUCCUAUUAUAAAAAUGCAGAUACUGAAAUUUGAUUUCUUAGUACAUUAUUUAUAGUGUUGCGACUUGCGAUGCACUCGCGAACUAUGAGAACAUGACUGUUUGUUUUAUUUUUUACUUCUUUACGAACUAUAAAAUUGUGACCGUGUGAA